GUUUUAAGGGGUGGAGUGGCAGUUGCCUUUUUUGUCACUAAUAGUGGGCUAGGUGAUAUAUUUUUGUGCAUUUUGAACAUUUUUGCCUUUCGACUUGACAAACAACCGGCCGAAGCAACUCACUCAUUACUGAGGACAAGCUCUGUCAAUCUAAAUACUGAGGUUCAAAAGUCAAGAUUAAAUUCCAAAUCUCAUAAAAAAGUUAUGAUUUAAAAAGAAACUAGCUACAUAAAUUGGUUUCCCUUCACAGGGACUUUAACUCCCUCACUGUCCUCCCAUUAUGAUUUCAUUAAUCAAACAGGACGGGCGCGCGCCUUGAAGUUCUGUCGGGUUUGGAGAUGAGAGGAAUCCGGUGCCAGACGCUGAGCGGUGCGCGCGCCCGGCUGUCCACACAGCGGCCUGGACUGGAGGGCUGGGAUGAGCGCGGGAGUCGGGACGGUGGUGGUGAUGAGGCCGAGCCACGUACCAGCAGGGCUGUGAGAGGAGCCCCGCACAACAACAACAACAUUUUACAAACAAAGCUGCCAUCGCGUGGAGGGGAGGGCGAGACGAGAAGAAGAAGUCCACCCGUGAAUCUGUGCAACUCUGAUUGCAGGGAGGUCGCUCUCGAACGGAGGUAACCCGUGGUAAAUGGCCGUUCAGGCGGGAACCGAAGGUCCUUACUGCGGCUCCAUGUCUGCCAUUCAGCUCAUCUUUAUCUGCUCUGCAGCUUGAAGACCUCAGCGCUGCUUUGACACAAAUCUGAUUUGUUUUAAACUUAUGGAACACACGUGGGGACCAUGUAAAUGUCUCUCCAACUGGAUGUCCCGCUCUGGACAGCAUGGACGGUCUGUUUGAGUCUCUCACCUUGUCCCCUUCUUCCUGACUCUCCUGCUGAAGGAGGGUGGGGGGUCGGUGUGUCCCCUGCCCCUCCGUGCAGACAAGGCUAGUCUUCCAAAGCGGUUACAUUUUUUUGUUUUUACUUUGACAUCUUACCGACAUCCCCUCAUCCCUUCUUCAUGAAAUCCUGCCAGAGCCUCAAGGAGGAGGUUUCCAUCCCGAGCCUCGGCGGGAUGUCACAGGAGGAGGGGCACACGGCUCAGGUGUCCCCGUCCUUCUUCAGCUCCAAUAGUCCGGACCUGGACCUGACGGGAAAGGCUUUUAAGAAGGAGGCCGGCGGCAAGCCUUUCUCCGUGUUGGUGGACAACAAGAUGUCCGCCAAGACCCCCGCCGGGGACCAGCUACCGGCUCAGCACGCCGCUUCACAGCAGCAGUACUUCAGAGAAGGAGGAGCUGAGCACGAGGAGGGGACGCAGGGGUCCCAAGCGGCCGGCGAGGAGUCCGACGAGGAAACGGAGGAUGAUGAAGACGAGGAGGAGGGCGAGGACUGCGAGGAGGGCUACAAGCGAGAGCAGAUCAUCGUGGAGGUGAAUCUGAACAACCAGACGCUCUACGUGUCCAAGGGGGACAAGACGACCGCAGCGGCUGCAGACGACUCGGACAGAGGGGGCAGUGAUGAGGAGGAGGAGGACGAAGAGGAAGAGGAGGACGAGGAGGAGGAUAGCCAUGAUGAGGAAGAUGAAGAAGAGGAGGAUUACGAGGAGGAGGCUGAGAGUCACAGAACGAGGUCAAGAAGGAUCCGGCGAAGUGUCAGCAGCACUUCAGCAGCCAGCCAGCCCCAGAGGAAAAGCCUCCGGACCGCUCUGAGCGCCGCCGCCGCCGCCGCCGCCGGGAUGACCACCAGGGGGCGGCGCAAGUGUGCAGAGCCCCCAAAGAGCAAGCGUCGGUCGACCCGGUCGACCCCCUCCUCGGCCGGCGCGACGGGAGGGAAGGCGGAGCUGGAGGAGAAGGAGAUGCUGGCGUGCGAGAAGUGUCCGAGGGUCUUCAACACGCGCUGGUACCUGGAGAAGCACAUGAACAUCACGCACAGGCGCAUGCAGAUCUGCGACAAGUGUGGCAAGAAGUUCAUCCUGGAGAGCGAGCUGGCCCUGCACCAGCAGACCGAGUGUGAGAAGAACAUCCAGUGUGUCUCCUGCAACAAGUCCUUUAAGAAGUUGUGGUCGCUGCACGAGCACAUUAAGAUCGUUCACGGCUACGCAGAAAAGAAGUUCUCGUGUGAAAUCUGCGAGAAGAAGUUCUACACCAUGGCUCAUGUUCGAAAACACAUGGUUGCUCACACUAAGGACAUGCCGUUCACCUGUGAGACGUGUGGGAAGUCGUUUAAACGCAGCAUGUCGUUAAAGGUGCACUCGCUGCAGCAUUCUGGGGAGAAACCUUUCCGCUGUGAGAACUGCGACGAGCGGUUCCAGUACAAGUACCAGCUGCGRUCCCACAUGAGCAUCCACAUCGGACACAAGCAGUUCAUGUGCCAGUGGUGCGGCAAGGACUUCAACAUGAAGCAGUAUUUUGACGAGCACAUGAAAACGCACACGGGAGAGAAGCCUUUCAUUUGUGAGAUCUGCGGGAAGAGCUUCACCAGUCGGCCCAACAUGAAGCGCCACCGCCGCACCCACACAGGCGAGAAGCCCUACCCGUGUGAGGUGUGCGGUCAGCGUUUCCGCUUCUCCAACAUGCUGAAGGCCCACAAGGAGAAGUGUUUCCGGGUCACCAGCCCCGUCGUCCUGCAGACCAGCGGACCCCCCAUGCCCGUUCGCCUUUUUACCAACGCCUUCUCCUCCACUUCCUCCGCCGCCGGCCCCUCGGCCGCCGCUCCGGCCACCACGUCGACGUCGCUAGGCCUCAGCCCGACCGUCGGUUCGAUUCCCCCCCAGGCUCCAGUGGGGCACACGUUCUCCCACGUGCAGCUCCACUCCUCCCACCAUCAUUCCCAGCAGCACCUCUCCAGCCCACCCCAGCAGGCGCCGCCCCACCACCACCUGGUCGUGCCCCCCGUCUCCCACCUCCCCCCUCCCCCYGCUCUGUUCAAGAGCGAGCCGCUGAACCACUGUGGCCACGAAGACAGCAGCUACCUGCACCACAUGAGCCCUCACGACAAAGGCCCCGGAGCCCCGCAGCACCACUGAACUGUCCGUCUUCUCACAGUUCACCUGCCGGGACCGGAGCAGCGCCCGGGUUGGAAGCGUUCAGAGUAAAACUCAAAAUAGGAACUUCUGUUCUGUGGAACAAACUUCAAACCACAGACUUUCUUCGUAGUCUUGCCUUGCAGAUUUAAAUCAAGCUAAACACAUCUGUAUGUGUAAAAGAUUCAGACUGUUGCUCCCUCAGAMCCAACAAGUGAGACUCCACUUUAAAAAAAAACAUAAAAACUGAUCAAAUAACAAAGAUUUUAUAACCUCAGAGUUGUCUGGAACAUUUUCUUCUGUAGAAAAUGAUUUUGUGCGUCUCGCUCUCCGUAGAUGGGUGUAAAAUUCUCAUUUUUUUAUCUAAAAGCUGCUGAUGGGAGUCGGCUUGUGUCAGGAUUCGAGCUUUUCUCUGCAGCUCCUCCCCCUUAGCAAUACUCCACCUGUCCUCUGAGUCGUACUGCAGAAACCUCGGGAGCUCACAGAAAUGUUUGAUGAAUGUUGUAACUGGUUCCUUUUUUUUCCCCGUUCAAAGUUUAAGAUUAAAGCUUUCUGUCAGCGGGCCAGUGGCGGUGGUGCAACACGCAGUGCCAUAGCUUACAAAGAAACACAGGAGAGGUUUUUCUUUUUUUUUUAAUAAAACGAUAAAGAUUUUGUAAAUGUUGAAUCUAGACCAAGUCUGAUUCAAAUUAUAGUUAAAAUGGUGCUUUCCAUUCCAUUCCYUGAAACAGGUGUAAAAACAAAAUAAUGCAUCAAGUCUUGCAAAAAAAAAAGGUAUUUUCAACAAAAAGACAUGGAUAAUUAGUGAUUGAGAUUACUUUAAUUCGUCCAGAUCAGCCCUCACACACACACAACUUAUUGUAAGCACAUAAACAAAGACCUGGUUCACCGAUUGACUGAUCACCUCAAGCUUUCAGGGCUGUUGAGCAGCAGACUGUCAGAAACUGCCACUGUGAGGGGCCAGACGUGGCCUCGCCUGAUCUUUGCCCCACCUCUCUUCGCUGCUGUUUAAAUGAUACGGGUUACCAUGUUAAAGGUCAUCUGACACACACACACACAGUACACACAGUGUACACAACUGGGACCUUUUUCUCUUUUAGAGCUCUUAAUGGUAAAUUAUGCAUUAUUCCUCUCAGCCUAUAUUCCACAGUUUGGUGUGGGGUGGUGUUUGAACGAGUGACUUCCUGUACCGGCGUUGAUCGACACAGGCGUGUCCGCCACCUGUUGAAUGUUGCCUAAGCCGACUCGUGUUUUACCUUCUCAUCCUUUACUGGUUUUUUAGCGAAUGAAUGGUUCUGUCAUCUAACUGUCAUAGGAUGGGAAGCAGCAGCCAAACAGGCGUUCAGUACGUGAGAUGAAAUGACUUAAUGUGAAGGGAGUUCUGUUCGAAGGGGCAGAACUGGCCGGUGAGAGUUUGAGUUGCCUCAGAUUAAGGCCCUGUUCAGACCUCAGACUCACAGCUUUGAUUCAGAGCGUUCACACCUGUCAGGUUAAAAAACAACAAAAAAACAAAUCGUUUUUGCCCCGAAAUGUUUUUGUAAUUUAUCCACUCUUAAAUGAAAAUUACGUCUCAUUCAGACAUCUAAAUAGGGCUGCAGGAAUUUAGAAUAACUUGUAAUGUUCAUUAUUAUUAUUAUUAUUAUCAUUAUUAUUAUUAUUAUUGAUCAAUUUUGUCUUCCAUACAUUUUUCAGCAUGUAUUUCAUUCCAUAUUGUUUAAGCUUUCUCAGUAAUAUAUCACAACAUUCAGCUCCUUCAGGACAUUCAAACUGUGAUUUUUCGUAUUUCAUCACUUUAUACUUUUUAAGAUAUUUAGCUUUUUUUGGCGAUCUUUGUUCUCAUUGAAAAUGAAUGGAGCCGUCUUCAACAUCCUUAAAAUCCUCCAAACUAAUUAAAUCUUUUCUGCAUUUUGCACCUUUUUAGUUUUUGUUCUGCCUUUCUAAAUACUUUGUGCUCGUUUUAGUUGCCUUCAGCUUCUUUUUUUGCUAAUUUUAGCUCUUUUUUACUGCCUUUUUAGCUUUCCGCUCWUUUCAGUUAUUCUGCUGCUUAAAUGUUUCUGCUACUGUUAGCUUCUUUCUGCUAAUUUAAGCUUUUUGUGCUUCUUUCAAUGGUUUCCUUCAAUUUAAGCUACCUAAUUAUUUUCAGCUAAAUUAAUCAUUUUGUGAUCAUUUUAGUUACUUUUCAGCGAACAUGCUCUUUCUGCUUUGUGCUAGAUUCAUCUUUUUCAGCUACUUCCACAAUUUUCUGUAUUUGGGGCUGUUUUACAAGAAAUUGAAAAWGAUUUUGUAUAAUUUCUGCUGCAAAUAUCUUUCAGCAUUAAGCUUUCAAACUGGGUUUUUAUUUUCAGUUGUAAUAAACUUAAGUUUUCUUCUGUCUUCACAAUCAUCUAAACUGAAACCAGUGAGAGUCCACUGGKUUGACCAAAUAUAUUCUUUGAAAUAUACUGGUGUAGGAUUUGAUUUAUUAUAAUCUUAUGUUUUAUAUCUAACAGACAUGAAAUGGAAGAAAUAAAGGCACAUAAAAUAAAUUAUUUAAUAAAUCGAAGCAAAAACUGAAGGUUUAACUCCUAAAAGUCCACCGCAGUGAAACUGUGCUUUCUUUAACAUCAAAUAAUCUGUUUAAUCCUGUAAAUAUAAAGUCCAGUGAGUGACUCCUCAUAUUUUAUAAACAGGCUCGAAACAUGUUAGAGACUCAUAACAUAUGCAGAUGAAAGGGGUCCGGACCACCAGAGUUGCUGUGUUUUUAAUGAGUUUUGAGGCGUUUGUUCCWGUUCUAGUAGAGUUGGAUGUUGGUUCCAGGUCUGAACGGGGCCUAACGAUGGGGGGAAGCUGCCCGAGUGUUUGACUCGACGUCCCCCCCGAGUGCUCUUCUACCAAAAGCUGCUCUUAGUGUUGGAGACUACCUGACAUGUUCCAUAGCAGUAAAUUAACCCGUUUGUUUCAUUCAGAUGAGAUUAAGUGAUUAAGCUCUGUAGUUUAGCUCCUUUUUUGUUUUAAUUUAUUUUUAAUUUUUUUAGGAUUUCAGACCUGCAGUUCUCCUGCCAUUUCUCCGGGUCUUAACACUGCUGCAAUAUCCGUUCUCAUCCAGUCCCGUUAGGUUCGACGUUGUGCAUUAUGGGUCUUUUUGUCUCGUAUUUUUAAGCCUUUUCGUUUGUGUGUAUUCUCUGCACUUUACUGCUGCGUGGGUGAGGCGCAGGGACAUGGGUAAGGGGGGGUGGGGGGUGUCGACGAUGCAUUGUGGAACUGAAUGCAGUUGUGGCUGUAUGUGAAAAGGUGGAGGUGAUUUAUGAGUGGAUGUUUUAAAGCAAGGAAAGGAGGAGAAUCCUUGUUGGAGGUGGAGAGUGUGAAAAGGACCAUAGAUAAUAAAGAACUUUUUUUUAAUAUGCUUAAAUCUGCCCCCCCAAAUUGAAAUACUCUCCCUCCUUCACACAAACCUCUCCACACGACGUCUGAAGUUCUUAUUUUAUUUUAUUUUUCUCGUUCAUGUCCCGUUUCUGUCUGCAGAGUGGUCCUCCUCCUCCUUUCUUUGUUCUAUAGAAUGCACUUUCUACUAAAAUCCUUGAGUAGUUAAGUAAAAAAAAAUAACAUUGUAUAUUCUUUAAAGAUGUUUUAAAAAAUCAAUAUACUUUCCUCUUUGUAUUUUUAACCACUUGAUGUAGCAUCGCGUAUUUUAUUAUUGUAUCUGGUACAAAAUGUGCAGCUUUAUAACGUCCUGGUUUGUCUUUUCUUUUUUUUAUGUUAUCUGGAGACAAAGAAGAGGACAAAGUUGGGCCUUUUUUUUGAUAAUGUACAUUUAACUGACUGCUAACUUUUGAGAAGUAAAAACAAGUAGCCAAGA